GGUCUUUAGUUUGACGCUUUAUGUUGUCCUUCUAACUAAUUUUAGAUUUUAUGACAUGUCGUUAAUAUAUUUUAGAAUUGCAACAAAUUUUAGUGUAAUCUGGCUGUCUUUCUAACUAUGCAAUCGAUUAAAAUACACCAUUAUUGCCGAGUCAAACACAAACAGCUUCGGUCCAUUGCUAGGUUUACGUUAUGCGACAACUUGAAGUGUAUGCGAAAGGACAGAAUAACAAAACGUAGCUAGCUAGCUACUCACCAACAUUUCUUAGCUGCCAAUAGGAUUGACAGAGGUGGUAGUGAAUGCAGUAGAGUCCCAGUCUAGGUAUGGAGCAGUGUGCGUGUGUGGAGCGGGAGCUGGAGAAGGUGCUCCAUAGGUUCGUCAUGUACGGACACCAGUCAGAGGAACGGCUAGACGAACUACUACGCAGCGUCUGUGAGCUACGGGGACAGCUGGUUACAUUCGGGGUACGAGAUGCAGAUCUGACGGUGCUGUCUCAGACCAUGGCCCAGUGUUGUAAGAACAUUAAAGAAACCGUACAGCUGCUGGCCUCCAGACACAAGGACAUCCACGGCAGUGUCUCCAAAGUGGGCAAAGCUAUCGACAGGAACUUUGAUGCAGAGGUGAGUGCAGUGGUGGCAGAGACAGUGUGGGACUCACCUGAGAGACAGAAGUACCUGAGUGAGACCAUUGUGGAACACCUGUACAGACAAGGCAUGCUGAGCGUGGCAGAGGACCUAUGUCAGGAAUCUGGAGUAGUGAUUGACAUGAGCAUGAAGCAGCCGUUCUUGGAACUCAACAGGAUCCUGGAGGCCUUGAGGAUGCAGGACCUCAGACCAGCACUAGAGUGGGCAGUAACAAACCGGCAACGCCUGCUGGACCUGAACAGUACCCUGGAGUUCAAGCUGCACCGCCUCUAUUUCAUCAGCCUGUUAAACGGAGGCAUCACCAACCAGCUGGAGGCGCUACAGUACGCCAGGCACUUCCAGCCCUUCGCCUCACAGCACCAGAGAGACAUCCAGAUCCUCAUGGGUAGUCUGGUGUACCUGCGGCACGGCAUAGAGAACUCUCCCUACCGCUCUCUGCUAGAGACCAACCAAUGGGCUGAGAUCUGUAACAGCUUCACCAGGGAUGCCUGCGCGCUGCUGGGGCUAUCUGUAGAGUCACCUCUCAGUGUCAGUUUUGCGUCAGGCUGCAUGGCUCUGCCAGUCCUGAUGAACAUCAAACAGGUGAUUGAACAGAGACAGUGUAGCGGAGUCUGGACACACAAGGACGAGCUGCCUAUUGAGAUAGAUCUGGGGAAGAAGUGCUGGUACCACUCCGUGUUCGCCUGUCCCAUCCUCCGGCAGCAGACGUCAGAGAGCAACCCUCCCAUGAAGCUCAUCUGUGGACACGUCAUCUCCAGAGACGCCCUCAACAAACUCACCAACGCUGGAAAACUGAAAUGUCCCUACUGUCCCAUGGAGCAGAACCCAUCAGAUGCCAAGCAGAUCUUCUUUUGAUCCCCCAUCCUGUUUCCUGAAACUGCCAGGCCCUUGGAGCUACAGUAGCUACCUGCUACCCCAGGACCCCUGGAAAUCCCCAUCCUACCCCUCACAGGCACCAAUUUGCCCCAGUGCCCCCACCCAAACUUGGACAGAACCCCUCCAGUGAUGGCCUAAGGCUGUAAUACUCCUGCCUCGGCUUGCCCCGUCAACAGCUCCUAGUGUACAGAGAGCUGAUGUGGAUGGGCCAUCAAACGACUUCUACCCAUAGAGAGACAGAGAGGAGUCGGUCGGCAUGAGGACGAAGGAAACAACUCAAAAGGAUUGUUCAUUCAUUGACACUCGUUCAUUUGCAGCUGCCUGCUGAACUUAUUCUACUCUUUUACUUUAAGGAUGUGAAGAGGCGUUAUGUUUUCUUUUGUGGGAUGUUGAUAGAGUGUUGAAUCGAUGUUGAUAGUGUUGAUGUUGAUAGCCUAUCAAGUUGUGUUGAUGUUGAUAGCCUAUCAAGUUGUGUUGAUGUUGAUAGCCUAUCAAGUUGCGUUGAUGUUGAUAGCCUAUCAAGUUGCGUUGAUGUUGAUAGUGUAUCGAGUUGGUGAUAGGCUAUCGAGGCGAUGUUGGUGAUAGGCUAUCGAGAUGAUGUUGGUGAUAGGCUAUCGAGAUGAUGUUGGUGAUAGGCUAUCGAGAUGAUGUUGAUGUUGGUGAUAGGCUAUCGAGUUGAGAUGAUGUUGGUGAUAGGCUAUCGAGUUGAGAUGAUGUUGGUGAUAGGCUAUCGAGUUGAUGUUGGUGAUAGGCUAUCGAGAUGAUGUUGGUGAUAGGCUAUCGAGAUGAUGUUGGUGAUAGGCUAUCGAGAUGAUGUUGGUGAUAGGCUAUCGAGAUGAUGUUGGUGAUAGGCUAUCGAGUUGAGAUGAUGUUGGUGAUAGGCUAUCGAGAUGAUGUUGGUGAUAGGCUAUCGAGAUGAUGUUGGUGAUAGGCUAUCGAGAUGAUGUUGAUGUUGGUGAUAGGCUAUCGAGUUGAGAUGAUGUUGGUGAUAGGCUAUCGAGUUGAGAUGAUGUUGGUGAUAGGCUAUCGAGUUGAUGUUGGUGAUAGGCUAUCGUGUUGAUGUUGGUGAUAGGCUAUCGAGUUGAUGUUGGUGAUAGGCUAUCGAGUUGAGAUGAUGUUGGUGAUAGGCUAUCGAGAUGAUGUUGGUGAUAGGCUAUCGAGAUGAUGUUGGUGAUAGGCUAUCGAGUUGAUGUUGGUGACAGGCUAUCGAGUUGAGUUGAUGUUGGUGAUAGGCUAUCGAGUUGAGUUGAUGUUGAUGAUAGGUUAUCGAGUUGAGAUGAUGUUGGUGAUAGGCUAUCGAGUUGAUGUUGAUGAUAGGCUAUCGAGUUGAUGUUGAUGAUAGGCUAUCGAGUUGAUGUUGGUGAUAGGCUAUCGAGUUGAGUUGAUGUUGGUGAUAGGCUAUCGAGUUGAGUUGAUGUUGGUGAUAGGCUAUCGAGUUGAGUUGAUGUUGGUGAUAGGCUAUCGAGUUGAGUUGAUGUUGGUGAUAGGCUAUCGAGUUGAGUUGAUGUUGGUGAUAGGCUAUCGAGUUGAGUUGAUGUUGGUGAUAGGCUAUCGAGUUGAGUUGAUGUUGGUGAUAGGCUAUCGAGUUGAGUUGAUGUUGGUGAUAGGCUAUCGAGUUGAGUUGAUGUUGGUGAUAGGCUAUCGAGUUGAGUUGAUGUUGGUGAUAGGCUAUCGAGUUGAGAUGAUGUUGGUGAUAGGCUAUCGAGUUGAGAUGAUGUUGGUGAUAGGCUAUCGAGUUGAGAUGAUGUUGGUGAUAGGCUAUCGAGUUGAGAUGAUGUUGGUGAUAGGCUAUCGAGUUGAGAUGAUGUUGGUGAUAGGCUAUCGUGUUGAUGUUGGUGAUAGGCUAUCGUGUUGAUGUUGGUGAUAGGCUAUCGUGUUGAUGUUGGUGAUAGGCUAUCGUGUUGAUGUUGGUGAUAGGCUAUCGUGUUGAUGUUGGUGAUAGGCUAUCGAGAUGAUGUUGGUGAUAGGCUAUCGAGAUGAUGUUGGUGAUAGGCUAUCGAGAUGAUGUUGAUGUUGGUGAUAGGCUAUCGAGAUGAUGUUGGUGAUAGGCUAUCGAGAUGAUGUUGGUGAUAGGCUAUCGAGAUGAUGUUGAUGUUGGUGAUAGGCUAUCGAGAUGAUGUUGGUGAUAGGCUAUCGAGAUGAUGUUGAUGUUGGUGAUAGGCUAUCGAGAUGAUGUUGGUGAUAGGCUAUCGAGAUGAUGUUGAUGUUGGUGAUAGGCCAUCGAGUUGAUGUUGGUGAUAGGCCAUCGAGUUGAUGUUGGUGAUAGGCCAUCGAGUUGAUGUUGGUGAUAGGCCAUCGAGUUGGUGAUAUGCUAUCGAGUUGAGUUGAUGUUGGUGAUUGGCUAUCGAGUUGAUGUUGGUGAUUGGCUAUCGAGUUGAUGUUGGUGAUUGGCUAUCGAGUUGAUGUUGGUGAUUGGCUAUCGAGUUGAUGUUGGUUAUAGGCUAUCGAGUUGAUGUUGGUGAUAGGCUAUCGAGUUGAUGUUGGUGAUAGGCUAUCGAGUUGAUGUUGGUGAUAGGCUAUCGAGUUGAUGUUGGUGAUAGGCCAUCGAGUUGAUGUUGGUGAUAGGCCAUCGAGUUGAUGUUGGUGAUAGGCCAUCGAGUUGAUGUUGAUGAUAUGCUAUCGAGUUGAGUUGGUGAUUGGCUAUCGAGUUGAUGUUGGUGAUUGGCUAUCGAGUUGAGUUGAUGUUGGUGAUUGGCUAUCGAGUUGAUGUUGGUGAUUGGCUAUCGAGUUGAUGUUGGUGAUUGGCUAUCGAGUUGAUGUUGGUGAUAGGCUAUCGAGUUGAUGUUGGUGAUAGGCUAUCGAGUUGAGAUGAUGUUGGUGAUAGGCUAUCGAGUUGAGAUGAUGUUGGUGAUAGGCUAUCGAGUUGAGUUGAUGUUGGUGAUAGGCUAUCGAGUUGAUGUUGGUGAUAGGCUAUCGAGUUGAGUUGAUGUUGGUGAUAGGCUAUCGAGUUGAGAUGAUGUUGGUGAUAGGCUAUCGAGUUGAGAUGAUGUUGGUGAUAGGCUAUCGAGUUGAGUUGAUGUUGGUGAUAGGCUAUCGAGUUGAGAUGAUGUUGGUGAUAGGCUAUCGAGUUGAUGUUGGUGAUAGGCUAUCGAGUUGAUGUUGGUGAUAGGCUAUCGAGUUGAGUUGAUGUUGGUGAUAGGCUAUCGAGUUGAUGUUGGUGAUAGGCUAUCGAGUUGAUGUUGGUGAUAGGCUAUCGAGAUGAUGUUGGUGAUAGGCUAUCGAGAUGAUGUUGGUGAUAGGCUAUCGAGAUGAUGUUGGUGAUAGGCUAUCGAGAUGAUGUUGGUGAUAGGCUAUCGAGAUGAUGUUGGUGAUAGGCUAUCGAGAUGAUGUUGGUGAUAGGCUAUCGAGUUGAUGUUGAUGAUAGGCUAUCGAGUUGAGUUGAUGUUGGUGAUAGGCUAUCGAGUUGAGAUGAUGUUGAUGAUAGGCUAUCGAGUUGAGUUGAUGUUGGUGAUAGGCUAUCGAGUUGAGAUGAUGUUGGUGAUAGGCUAUCGAGUUGAGAUGAUGUUGGUGAUAGGCUAUCGAGUUGAGUUGAUGUUGGUGAUAGGCUAUCGAGUUGAGAUGAUGUUGGUGAUAGGCUAUCGAGUUGAUGUUGGUGAUAGGCUAUCGAGUUGAUGUUGGUGAUAGGCUAUCGAGUUGAGUUGAUGUUGGUGAUAGGCUAUCGAGUUGAGUUGAUGUUGGUGAUAGGCUAUCGAGUUGAGUUGAUGUUGGUGAUAGGCUAUCGAGUUGAUGUUGGUGAUAGGCUAUCGAGAUGAUGUUGGUGAUAGGCUAUCGAGAUGAUGUUGGUGAUAGGCUAUCGAGAUGAUGUUGGUGAUAGGCUAUCGAGAUGAUGUUGGUGAUAGGCUAUCGAGAUGAUGUUGGUGAUAGGCUAUCGAGAUGAUGUUGGUGAUAGGCUAUCGAGAUGAUGUUGGUGAUAGGCUAUCGAGAUGAUGUUGGUGAUAGGCUAUCGAGUUGAUGUUGAUGAUAGGCUAUCGAGUUGAGUUGAUGUUGGUGAUAGGCUAUCGAGUUGAGAUGAUGUUGAUGAUAGGCUAUCGAGUUGAGUUGAUGUUGGUGAUAGGCUAUCGAGUUGAGUUGAUGUUGGUGAUAGGCUAUCGAGUUGAGUUGAUGUUGGUGAUAGGCUAUCGAGUUGAGAUGAUGUUGGUGAUAGGCUAUCGAGUUGAGAUGAUGUUGGUGAUAGGCUAUCGAGUUGAGAUGAUGUUGGUGAUAGGCUAUCGAGUUGAGAUGAUGUUCGUGAUAGGCUAUCGAGUUGAUGUUGGUGAUAGGCUAUCGAGUUGAGAUGAUGUUGGUGAUAGGCUAUCGAGUUGAGAUGAUGUUGGUGAUAGGCUAUCGAGUUGAGAUGAUGUUCGUGAUAGGCUAUCGAGUUGAUGUUGGUGAUAGGCUAUCGAGUUUAUGUUGGUGAUAGGCUAUCGAGAUGAUGUUGGUGAUAGGCUAUCGAGUUGAUGUUGGUGAUAGGCUAUCGUGUUGAUGUUGGUGAUAGGCUAUCGUGUUGAUGUUGGUGAUAGGCUAUCGUGUUGAUGUUGGUGAUAGGCUAUCGAGAUGAUGUUGGUGAUAGGCUAUCGAGUUGAUGUUGGUGAUAGGCUAUCGAGUUGAUGUUGGUGAUAGGCUAUCGAGUUGAGAUGAUGUUGGUGAUAGGCUAUCGAGUUGAUGUUGGUGAUAGGCUAUCGAGUUGAGUUGAUGUUGGUGAUAGGCUAUCGAGUUGAUGUUGGUGAUAGGCUAUCGAGUUGAUGUUGGUGAUAGGCUAUCGAGAUGAUGUUGGUGAUAGGCUAUCGAGAUGAUGUUGGUGAUAGGCUAUCGAGAUGAUGUUGGUGAUAGGCUAUCGAGAUGAUGUUGGUGAUAGGCUAUCGAGAUGAUGUUGGUGAUAGGCUAUCGAGAUGAUGUUGGUGAUAGGCUAUCGAGUUGAUGUUGAUGAUAGGCUAUCGAGUUGAGUUGAUGUUGGUGAUAGGCUAUCGAGUUGAGAUGAUGUUGAUGAUAGGCUAUCGAGUUGAGUUGAUGUUGGUGAUAGGCUAUCGAGUUGAGAUGAUGUUGGUGAUAGGCUAUCGAGUUGAGAUGAUGUUGGUGAUAGGCUAUCGAGUUGAGUUGAUGUUGGUGAUAGGCUAUCGAGUUGAGAUGAUGUUGGUGAUAGGCUAUCGAGUUGAUGUUGGUGAUAGGCUAUCGAGUUGAUGUUGGUGAUAGGCUAUCGAGUUGAGUUGAUGUUGGUGAUAGGCUAUCGAGUUGAGUUGAUGUUGGUGAUAGGCUAUCGAGUUGAGUUGAUGUUGGUGAUAGGCUAUCGAGUUGAUGUUGGUGAUAGGCUAUCGAGAUGAUGUUGGUGAUAGGCUAUCGAGAUGAUGUUGGUGAUAGGCUAUCGAGAUGAUGUUGGUGAUAGGCUAUCGAGAUGAUGUUGGUGAUAGGCUAUCGAGAUGAUGUUGGUGAUAGGCUAUCGAGAUGAUGUUGGUGAUAGGCUAUCGAGAUGAUGUUGGUGAUAGGCUAUCGAGAUGAUGUUGGUGAUAGGCUAUCGAGUUGAUGUUGAUGAUAGGCUAUCGAGUUGAGUUGAUGUUGGUGAUAGGCUAUCGAGUUGAGAUGAUGUUGAUGAUAGGCUAUCGAGUUGAGUUGAUGUUGGUGAUAGGCUAUCGAGUUGAGUUGAUGUUGGUGAUAGGCUAUCGAGUUGAGUUGAUGUUGGUGAUAGGCUAUCGAGUUGAGAUGAUGUUGGUGAUAGGCUAUCGAGUUGAGAUGAUGUUGGUGAUAGGCUAUCGAGUUGAGAUGAUGUUGGUGAUAGGCUAUCGAGUUGAGAUGAUGUUCGUGAUAGGCUAUCGAGUUGAUGUUGGUGAUAGGCUAUCGAGUUGAGAUGAUGUUGGUGAUAGGCUAUCGAGUUGAGAUGAUGUUGGUGAUAGGCUAUCGAGUUGAGAUGAUGUUGGUGAUAGGCUAUCGAGUUGAGAUGAUGUUCGUGAUAGGCUAUCGAGUUGAUGUUGGUGAUAGGCUAUCGAGUUUAUGUUGGUGAUAGGCUAUCGAGAUGAUGUUGGUGAUAGGCUAUCGAGUUGAUGUUGGUGAUAGGCUAUCGUGUUGAUGUUGGUGAUAGGCUAUCGUGUUGAUGUUGGUGAUAGGCUAUCGUGUUGAUGUUGGUGAUAGGCUAUCGAGAUGAUGUUGGUGAUAGGCUAUCGAGUUGAUGUUGGUGAUAGGCUAUCGAGUUGAUGUUGGUGAUAGGCUAUCGAGUUGAUGUUGGUGAUAGGCUAUCGAGUUGAUGUUGGUGAUAGGCUAUCGAGUUGAUGUUGGUGAUAGGCUAUCGAGUUGAUGUUGGUGAUAGGCUAUCGAGUUGAGUUGAUGUUGGUGAUAGGCUAUCGAGUUGAGUUGAUGUUGGUGAUAGGCUUCGUGUUGAUGUUGGUGAUAGGCUAUCGAGUUGAGUUGAUGUUGGUGAUAGGCUUCGUGUUGAUGUUGGUGAUAGGCUAUCGAGUUGAGUUGAUGUUGGUGAUAGGCUAUCGAGUUGAUGUUGGUGAUAGGCUAUCGAGUUGAGUUGAUGUUGGUGAUAGGCUUCGUGUUGAUGUUGGUAAUAGGCUUCGAGUUGAGUUGAUGUUCAUAGCCUGUCGAGUUGAUGUUAAAUCUUGAUGAUGAUAGCCUUUCGAGUUGAGUUGAUAGUGAUUGGGUGUUGAGUUGUAGAAUUUUUGGAUGACUGCUCUGUUCCUUUUUUCUCUAUCUCUCCAUCUGUAGGCUUUCCUCAGAACACAGAAUGCUCUAUCCAUCUGUAGGCUUUCCUCAGUACACAGAAUGCUCUAUCCAUCUGUAGGCUUUCCUCGGUACACAGAAUGCUCUAUCCAUCUGUAGGAUUUCCUCGGUACACAGAAUGCUCUAUCCAUCUGUAGGCUUUCCUCAGUACACAGAAUGCUCUAUCCAUCUGUAGGCUUUCCUCAGUACACAGAAUGCUCUAUCCAUCUGUAGGCUUUCCUCAGUACACAGAAUGGGUCUUUAGAAUGAUUUAAUGGAUGUUAGAGGGGUGAUGUGACAGUUAUUAUUUAAUUUUUUAGGGAGUUGUCUGAUUUCAGGAGAGUAUUUAAACUUCUAUAUUACAGAGGUAAAGCUAAGUGGCCUCUGAGAAAAUAUAUUAACAUAAAUUGUAUUGAGAGGUUGUGAUUGGCGGUGACCGUGGUUACAGUUUGUGAAUGGAACACUGAUUGUAAAAAUAUUUGCAACAUUUCUCUUUCUAUUGGCGAUGAUGAAAUAAAGGCCCUGAUUGGUUGAAAGUCACUUUGGGUUACAGUACAUGUAUCAGUGUGAUGAUCAACAGUUGUGAUCGAUGGAGAGGUCGAGGGUCAAUUGACUGAUUUUGAUUUUGCAACUGGCUCCAAUAACAAUUUUCCUGAAGAAGGAAGCCAUGUUUCUAGGCCGACGUAUUCAACAAAAACAAAUGAUACUACUGUGAAGUCUGCUCCUGUUUUUAUUUAUCAUCGCUACAAUCAAGUCUUGUAAAAUAGUGAAACCACAAGUAACAUAAUACAUUUUAUGAAAUAUAAUUAUGCCACAAAAUAGCAACAUCACUAUUGGGUUGGAUCCAUGAUCAAAUCCUUCUCUGUUUUCCGAACCGAUGUCAUACCAGCCCAUGGAAUGGUGAUGUCAUACCAGCCCAUGGAAUGGUGAUGUCAUACCAGCCCAUGGAAUGGUGAUGUCAUACCAGCCCAUGGAAUGGUGAUGUCAUACCAGCCCAUGGAAUGGUGAUGUCAUACCAGCCCAUGGAAUGGUGAUGUCAUACCAGCCCAUGGAAUGGUGAUGUCAUACCAGCCCAUGGAAUGGUGAUGUCAUACCAGCCCAUGGAAUGGUGAUGUCAUACCAGCCCAUGGAAUGGUGAUGUCAGCGAGUUCUGCACCACCAUCUCUUUAACAGCUGACACAUGGUAGCAGUCAGCCAUUUGCACUGAUCUCCAGUCAGAAUGAAUGAUGGAAGCAGGUAUUUUCUUUAAGCAGGUCUAGUUUUAUAUUAUGAUUUGUGUAUGCGCACACGUGUUUGUUUUGUAUUUGGUUGAUUUUACAUUUGGUUUACUGCUUUUGGUUGACAAUCAUUCAUCUUCUUUCCCAGAUUGACAGAAUACACCUAGGUCUGUUAUGGCUUCUUCAUGGGUUCUUUUUUCAGUAGUCAGAGUUCUUGUAUGAUAGGUUGGCCUUUUACCUGCUUCUCUGUAUUAAAGUUGUAUUGUACAUAUUUAUUCUCUAACAUGUUUCAUAUUAUACUUGCAUCUUAAAAUGGAUUAAAAACUUUAUACUCCAA